AAUUAGCUUGAACUGUUUGCUCAUCACUGUCGUUGACAAUAUGCAAUUUGUGGGGGAUUUUAAUGUUAGCGGCGCAACGAAAUACACAACGCGCAACAGAGUCGAAUAGUAAAAGUCGAACAAAUAAGUAAUUUGUAGAUAAAAAAAUAAAAAUGGCAACUUUGGCAAAGCCAAAAAAGAAAACAAAAAAGCAGAGCGUGUCCAACGAUCAAAGGCAGCAGGAGGAAGAAGAAGAGCAUGAUGAGUUAUCAACAAGUAAAAUACAAGAACAAAGACAAGAGGAAAAUGCGUCGCUUCUGGAAGAGUUCGAGCGUGUGGCUGCAAUGGCCAACAGUGGGAACAGCAAGACGGAGACAAUCAUUAGUCACGACUGUUGCAUAUCAAGUGAUGUUGUGCCCGAAGUGAUAACAAUGAAUACAACAACAAUAGCCGACAAAACAGAAAUUAAAACUCAAAAUGACAUUUUGGAGAAAGAACCUGAUGCAGUUCCCAGUGCACCCACUGCGCCCUCGACAAGCGUUCCCCUCGUGCAAUAUCCCAAUCUCCAGCCUAUCCGGCUAACGAAUGCGCUCAUCGAGGAGCAACAGUCUCGGAUUGUCUACAAAUCACAAGCAGCUCGGUCUCCCGGCUUUGCACUUGCCAGCAGCCAGCUGAAACCGUUUACCAACGAGCAGCUAAGAGAAAUCUAUCAAUGUCCCGAUUUGGAACUGGCCAAGCAAUUUGAACUGGAGUUCCUUAUGAGCACACUACUUGAGUCCAGCGAAUCGGAUCCCCUCUAUCUGCAAUUGCAGGAGUACUACAAUCUGCAGGACAAGUUAACUUCCAACGUGCACGACAUAAAGGAGAGGCGCAAGGACUGCCAGGACACACAGCAACAGGUGUGGACUCGAGUUCCGGUAACACGCACCUUUAGUGCCAAUUGUCACGACAACAAUCUGGUCAGCGAGACUAUAACCUACGAACGCAUUAAGGUGGAUCCCAUAAAGCUGGAGGGUGCCUCGGCAGCAUUAACAAGUCUCUACGACCUGGUCUGCCAUACGUAUACCACAAAUCUAAUAGCAACUAAGAUAACCAAAGUCAAAAUUGAUCAGAUAAUCAACGAGCUCCUCGCGUAUCCCGUCGUGGAUCCCCAGGCAUCUAUUGAUUUACACUACAGAUUGAGUGAUGACGCCUUGCAGUGUUUGACUCAGUUGAGGCGAGCUAUUGGCAUCCUCUUCAACUUCGCUCGAAGGCCCAGCCCCAAUGCGAAUUUUGAUGCCGAUCUGAAGCUUUGGUUGCGAAAACUUGUUGCACUGCAGCUGCUGUUGGCCACCAAGGAGGAUCAUUGGUUUCUACUCUUUAACAUCUUGCGCUGUCCCAACGGAGUGGGAGUUUGGGCGGCGGAGUUUCUGCAGCUUCCAGGCAUGGGUCCAAGGCAGAUGAAACCCAAGGGCACACAGCCCAAUGAACUACCUUUGGCAUUAAAUUCACCAGAGCUCAAUCACUUCGUAGCUGUACUGCAAAUCCUUCUGCUGCCAAUUCAAAAGCGCAACGAGUAUCUUAAAAGCCAGGCUCAAGCACAAAAAGAGCUGUCGGAGUCAACUGGUGGCAGUGAGCGCUGGACAGUUGUGGACUCGGAUGGCGAAGACACUCUCACACCCACUGGAGAAUAUGUUGGUGUCAAGGAAUGUGAUCUUAUAGCAUUGCUCAAUCAGCUGCCCUUCGAUAAACUCUUUACCUCGGCCAUGUGCAUUGAAAAGUUUCUCGAUGACUACAUCAUUGAACCGGACAUGAUAACGCCACAGAAAAUGCUCACCGUGGUUGCCUUUUUCGCUCAGCUGGUGGAGACACUCGGCGAGGGCAUGUUGACCUACAACAAUGAACGCUACAAGCAGCUGGCCAAGCGAUUGGGACGCCUGGUGCGUCACUCUCUGCAGUAUAUCUCCGAUUACCACGAGCUCUUUAUAAACAACAAUUUACCCAAGUCGCAGGAACUUUGUGAACGCAUUGAGCUGGAGAUGCAGGCGUUACUUAUCCGCGCCUGCAGUUACAUCUAUCGAUCCCGUAAUCUGGGCACCUGGCAGUAUUUCUCCACUCUGCCCUAUAGCACGCUUCAUGCUGAUAUCAUCUGGCAUCUAUUUUACUACCUUAAUGUUGGCUUUCCCAGCAAUCUGAGUACAAAGUUAGCCGCCGACAUGGAGACAAUCUAUCAGACGGAAUUCUGGAGUAAGUUUGACGUGGCCAAUGCAGAUAUCUCGCCCGAGGAUAUGUACUAUUUGCUGCAAGCCUUCUUUGAAAUGGCCAAUGGUCGGGACAUCAUCAAGGACAGACCACUCAUCCGAAUCAUUUGCCUGACCAUAUUCGAGAUCGGGUUUAUCCAUCAAAGCACUCGAGAGUUUUGCUAUAAAAGUGCACGUGAUAUGUUGGUAAACAUUUCGUUGACCUAUGAGGAUCUCCUGGAUUGUAUAUUGGUGCAGCUGAAGGCACGCUUUGGAGAGAUCGAACAAGCUGCGUAUCUAUUCAAGGCGCUGCCCCUGGAGAAUUGGCGACCUAGUAUGGAGAGCUUUGAGCUACUUUCCAACUGGUUGCUUCACUUUGAUUACCAGACAUCGGAGAACCAAUUGGCGCGCCUGAUUAUUGGUCAUCUGAACUGGAGUUUUGAUGACGAGGGUCGUUUUUACUUACCCCACAACAUUCAUGUGCGCAUGGCCUGCCUGGUGACCGAAGCUAUGAACAAUCACGCGCCUGAGGUAAUUGGUGCCUCUGGUAUCUCGGAGAGUGUGCGUCAAGUGUCCUCACUAAUCGACUCGACGCAGUCCAGUCGGGAACAAUUCACCAAUUGGUGCUGGCGCAUGAUCUCCAUGCUUCGACUGCAUCUGAUGGAUCAGAGCACAGAGUCAGUCAAGAGAACUCUGCAGCAUCCAACGGAGCCGCUGCUCUUUGUGCCAGAUGUGAAACGCCUGGACAUGAUCUGGCAGGGUGUCAGUGAACAACGUCCGCUGGCGCUGUAUGUUGGUGUAUUAGUCAGUCUACACGGUCAUUCCAUUCCCGUCAUAUGCCAGCAUGGAUUCGAAUUGCUGCAACAACUGCUCAACGAUCAUCGUCAUGCAGCUGUCAUUCGCAGUCUCGAGCUGAUUAUACCCUUGUUCCUGGAAACUCCUGACACGCUGGCUAACUGCGAGAGUUUCCAGAAAUUACUUACAACGUUGCUCAACGCGGACAGAACAUACCUGAAGAUCGCCAAGGAUAUGGUAUAUGCCAAUUCUAUUGGUCCAAUUCUCGAGCUGCUGGACAACAUGCUGCACCAUCAGAUUGUCUCCUACACGAGCUACGGUCUCUGCUCACCUUUGAAUCUAAUAAAUGUCUGGCUAAAUUGCUUCACAUCUCUGCCGUAUUGGGCCCAGAACUCGCACGUUCUCUACCUUCUGGACAAAAUGCUCUGCGUCUCCUAUCAGUUCACCGAUUGUCGUGUGCAGGCAGUCGAGUUCUUUUACAACUACUUUAAGGAAUACACGGAUUGGAAGAUGCCGUCCAAAGCGACAGGACUUAAAGGAUUCUUUGGCGGGCAGGCGGACUCACGUGUUCCUCAACUGUGGCCACAGUAUUCUUGGCUUAAUCUUGUGCUUCUGGACAUUGAAUUUAGGCUUCAGGAUACUCGCUUUUGGCCCGAAUUGUUGCGUCAGCUUUCUGGCCAAACAGUGGAGCAGGCGCUGAAGAAAACCCUGUCGCUGACCAAGAUCAAUCCGUUCCCCGCCAAGCAGCUUGUGAUCUACAAGUACGCCCAGCUCUUGGCCACCAUGGACACAACACAUGCGCUUUUCCCGAUUGUCUGUCAAAAGUUCUUUGAGCUCUAUUUAUGGCGGGUGCCAGUCGAGUGCGAUGUCAGGAAUAUCGAUCAAAAUUUGGGCGUUGCCGAAAAGUUUUACGAGCAAAAUGUGACGCUGAUGAAGACAAUAAAGACGCAACUGAAAUCCGCUGAGGUAUAUUACGCUGCCAUUGCCAGUAAGCGAGCCCAGGACGAAGCGGCUGCUCAUAUGUAUCGCAGUUGCACAAAGCUCAUGCAAAGCUGUGCCCUUUGGCUAGAGGAUACCCAGAUCAAUAGAUUCGCAAACGAUGCCACUCAAUUGCCGGCACAAUACAACAGCGACAAAUUGCGAGAGCUGCUUAACGGUCAUGUGGCCCAUUGGACAGAGUUCCUUUGUCUCGCCGACCUGCGCAAGGAUCAGCGCGAGCAGGCGAAUCAAUGGACUGCCAAGAUAUAUCGAACGCAUAAUCAAAUGCCACUUCGCAAUCCUCUGCCAGCCAAGGCUCGAUUGCCACCCGCUCAACGGAUCAAGAACCACCUGGCCACCUACGACAAGCGUCUCCCUCCACCGAAUCACAGUCAUCCUGAGCUUAUUCAGAAACGACCCAUCGAUGGAAAGACGCUGCCCGAGCUUAAGCGUCGCAUACAAACUUUGAACAGUACCGCGAACAAAGUGCAUUAUAAUACCUCGGCGUUGAAUUCGUUGAACUUGAACUAUCUGGAACGAGUUCCCGCACUGUAUCAGAUGGUUCCAUACGAGGAGAUGAGGCGCAAGGAGUGCGCAUCCCUGAUUUUCAAACGCAAUUGCACACAGGCGGCGACAAUUAAAGUGGUGGGUGAGCACAUACGUCGCAACGAUCAGAUUUCCCGGAAACAGGAACAGAAUCGGGAUCGGCAUGACAAGAUCAUUGAGGAGAUGUUGACGUUGAAUGUGGAUGGCUUUGCACAGGCCAUUAUUGAGAUGGGCAGCUAUACUUUGCAGUUGUUGCAGGCACAAUCCACCUCGAACAAAAUGGUUACAGCGAUUGGAGUGGACUUCUUCUAUCAUGUGGUGGAGAACAUGAAUUAUACGACCAUGAAGUUUCCUCCCACCAAUGAUUUCUAUUCGGAAAUACUGGAGCAACUGGGUGUGUUUAUACAAGCCGAGCAGGCGGAGCAGGGAUUGCAUGUACUCAGACUGGCACUGAGACGUGGAGAUCUAAUGAAGCUGCUGGCCAAAGUAUUUGUGCCUUGUCGCACCGAUGUCAAACACUUUCUGGACAUGUAUCAGUUCCUCAUUGACUCCCAUUUGAAGCGUUGCGAUACCAAGAUUCUCUUCGUGCUGCUCUCCAAGUUCGAUCUGCUCACCUGGCUGGAGUCCAAUCAGCCCAAGCUGAGCGAAAUCAAUCGCCUACUAUCGCUCGUGCUCCAGGGUCUCGAGUCCUGGUCGCAGCCAGACAGCAGCCUGUUGCAGGAUCAGUUCCGACGACAGCUGGUGCACAUCUUCACGUACGACUUUCCUCAGCAUUAUGGCGAGGUUAUGCAGCUGGUGCUCGAUCGCAUAUCCGAUCAGAAGCUAAUGCCAGUGGUGCUGCUGGAUCUACUUAACGCGCUCCUAUCAACUGCAAACAGCGCGUCCCUCACCCUCAACAGCAGCGAGGUGCAACUUCACGAGGUGGCCGUGGACUUUUCCCGCCGUCAGAAGUUGUUCACGCUGAAAGCGGCCACGGAUACGUUGCUGUUGUUUGCACGACAUUUUCAAAAGGAGCGACUGCAUCAUGGCCUGCAUGGACUGUAUCCCAAGCACAAGGAGUAUUGCCAGCCGCUGGUCAUGUGGUUCACCUGUUUUGGACACGUGCUUAUAGCCACUGCCAUUUGCAGCUACCAAGAGCUCUUGGCGGAUCAGAUUAGCGACAUUGUCUUCGGCUCCAUUGUGGAGACAUAUGCACCCUGGUUAAUCCCAUACACGGAGCAAACUGAAUUAGGAGCAGGCGCGGCAGCACACUGGAUACGUCAGCUUAGUCCCGAUCAGGGCAAGAUUUUGCUGCCGUGGAGUGAGGCUCAAGUGGACAGUAGCAAGCUCCUGAUUAGAUCCUUCAUUGUCAGUGUGCUUCAGGUGGUCCAGUAUCUGCCCGCUUCGAAUCAAAUACUGGAGCACACGUUUGCUUGGUAUGUCCACCACUUUGCCCAGCACAGCGUGGCCAGGCAUGUGCUGUCGCCCAUGCAUGAGGGUCUCGCUCAGCUACCCUGGGAGCGUUUCCUUCCGCCGGCCAAGCAUAUCGAUCUAUUCUAUGGGAGUCUGCAGCGGUUCGUACCCGAAUCACAUGCAAUGCUGGGCCACAUCUUCAUGAGGAUUGACUGGAACGCGUGGUUUGCACAGAUGCCGCAAUCCCCAGAAAUAUUAUCGCGUCUUUUUGGCAUCUUUGUUAAAAUGGCCUUUGAGCCGAACAUUCAUAUGCAUCCCAAUACCAGCAAAAUUCUAGAGGAUGCUAUCAAGUAUCCAUGGCAUCUCGUCGAGUACAGUGAACUGGAGCAGUUGCUUAAGUGGUUCGUAUCCAGCGUGGAACCUGCCAUUGUUCUAAAGCUACCCACUGAGAGCAACUACGCGGAUCGUGCUGUUCUGGAUCUUCUUCGCGUGGCCUGCGCCAUGUUGCCGGAGAGCAGUACACAAAGUGCCGUGGUGCAGGCAUCGUUGAAGCGAAUGCUCUACACUCGCUCCAUUGUCCGGAUGCAGCGUGUCUGUGGAGCCAAGCACAAAAAGCUGUUGGCUACCAAGGAGGGUGAACGCAGCUUUACCAACGCCUUUCUAGAGCUGUUGCAAUCCAUUGACCAGGCCAUUGGUGGUUCUAGUGAGCAUCGCACACCGGAGGAGCAGCGUCGUGAAGCACUAAAUCUGAUGCUGGAGUUGGUUGCACCCACACAGACCCAAAGCGAGGAGAUCUCAAACCUCCACAUCCAAACCAUGGUGCGCUGGCAACAGCAGUGUGCUCCGGCAAAUCCUGUGAUGUGUGCCGCUCUUCCUGCAAUUGGGCAUCUCAACACAUAUAUAUCUUGCAUAUACUCGCUGUUGGAGUCGAGCAUUGAGUGCUAUUUCCGGCAGUCCACGGAGAGCGCUCCCUGGCAUGCGCCCAGCUGGCAAGGAUUAUUCGAGGCGCUGCAAAUGUCGCUGCCCAAGCUGGAACUAAUGCCAGUCUUGCAGGGCGGCUAUUUCUUUUCACUGCACGUCUUUGUGCUCUACAAACUGGAGGAGAUCGAAACGGAUGGUGAGAAGAUCACUUUUCUACAGGACCUGACACAGCUGCUGGAGAAUCUUAAAACAGAUCCCCAGACCGAGCCGCGUCUAGCUCUCGUUUGGGGACUGAUCAUCUCGCGUGGCUGUAAACUGCUUCAAGGAUCACAGCUUGUAAAGAAACCACUCUGCAUGCUGGCACGUCAUCUUCAAAUAGCCUCAACCAAAGCUGAGGGUUGGAGCGAUGGUCUGCUGGGCGUUAUUGGCUUGAAAUCGGAGAGCAUUACCAACAGACGCAAGGUGCUGACCCGAUGCUUGGCAUGUGUAAUCUUUUCGCUAUUCCCGGCCAGUCGUGACUUGCGAUUGCCCUGCGAGGAGUACGAGAGCGGCAUGCGGGAGCUGGCCAUGUUGUUGGCCAAUAAAAAGUUCAACGAUGUUAAGCCGUUGAUCGUCAGGGCCGUAAGCAUUCUCAAGGAACAACUAUUGCCCGAUCUGCGUGCUGUUCCCCAUUUAAUCUGUCGGCUGAUCGACGUUUUCUAUGAGCAGAGCUUCCUUACGACCAUUCCGGAGGUAUGGGACUGCGAUUUUAAGCUUAAAGCUAACUAAUUAUCAUACUUAUGGGCAGCCAAUUGUGUUAUUUUGUAUACCUAAUUACUAAAGCAUAUAAGGGAAAUAAAGUGAUCAUUUUUUGCUAUUUUCUAAAUUGCAUCAAUCAA